GUGAACCAGCAGAGAGUAAUAGUUUCUUGGGCCUUCAUCUCUCGCUAACUAACUAAUCACCAGCAAAAUGACUUUCUCUGAUGCUGAAAAGGCUGCCAUUGUGUCCAUCUGGGGCAAGGUUUCCGGAAAUGAGAACUCUCUUGGUGCUGAAGCUUUGGAAAGGCUAUUUUUGAGCUUCCCUCAGACCAAGACCUACUUCAACCACUUUGACUUGAGCCAUGGAUCUGCUGAUCUCCAAAGACAUGGUGGCAAAGUCCUGGGUGCCCUUGGAGAGGCUGCCAAACAUCUGGACAAUAUAGAGGGUGCCCUGGCCAAAAUUAGCGACCUGCACGCCUACAAUCUGAGAGUGGACCCAGGAAACUUUGAGGCACCGAGUCCCUCUCCUGAGGAAGCCUUUAUAGGCGAAAGGCUUCAAGACAAAACCAUUCAUCAGCACUCCGAACAUCUAAACUGCGCAAGCGCACGCCCCAAGGUCCUUUGCGUCCGCUCUGAGAAAUUAUCAGAUGUUCGGAUGGGAUUGGGCGGCGGAGACACUGCCAUGGAGAAGAAGCUGACGAAGAAGAUCUCUGCUUCCUUGCUGAUCUGCCUCCGGGCUGUGAAUGCAGAAAUUCUAGACCACGGCUACUACGGCUCUCCAGCUGCUUUGGAAUUACAAGUCCCAUGA